UUAAGGUGCAGUGUCGCUAAGAAGAGACGCUUUUGUGUAACGGUCUCGUCAUGACUAAACCUACUCUGAGAACAGUUUGUGUCUUUCUCUUCGUCCUUCAAAUAGUCAAAGGAAAAGAUGGUUGCAAAGAACUACUUUAUCUGGACUGCCAGAAAAACAAAACUUUUACUGGUCAUGUAACCAAGAGCUUCAGAAUCUUUGGAGGCCCAGGAUCCCUUGCUGAAUGCCAGAAUAAAUGUUUCAAAGGGAAGGAAUGUAUAUCGUACAACUUGGGUCCGAUCGACGGAAAGAUCAGAACUUGUGAGUUAAAUAACCUGGAUCACGUGACACACCCCCAUGACGUCAUAGCUCGACAGGGGUCGGAAUACUGUCCAGUAAAGAAUCGAUGCUCAUCCAACCCUUGUUAUGGCAAAAUAUGUGUACCAGACUUCCACUGGGAUGCGUUUAAAUGCUGGGAUGGACUAUGGACUCAGUGGAAUGAAUGGUCUGUUUGUCGCUGUUCCCAACACAAGCGUUCGCGUAAUUGUCUUAAUCCGUUCACAAGCAMGACGGCAUCAGAUUGUCCUGGAACAAAUCUKGAAAUAAAAGAGAUGGCGCCUGCUCCAUUUAUUCCAAAAAACUGUGCCGAGUUAGUUUUGAAAUGUGGUGAUAAUAGCAGGUGUGUUUGUACGAUCAAUCCUGAUGGCAAAGAUGCCUUGAAAGUKUUCUGUGACCAGGAAACUAAUGGUGGUGGCUGGAUAGUCAUCCAAAGAAGACAAGAUGGCUCACAAAACUUUUACCUGGGAUGGCAAGACUAUAAGRUUGGCUUUGGUGACCUAAAUGGAGAAUUCUGGUUAGGACUUGAGGAGAUCUACCGGAUAACUAGCCAUGGACGCUAUCGUCUUCGUGUUGAGCUGGAAGACAGUGCUUAUGCCGAGUAUGAUUAUUUUGCUGUCAGUGACGAAGCCAAUAAUUAUACUUUGAGACUUGGCGCAUAUUCAGGAAAUGCUGGCGAUUCACUUCACUAUCACCGUGAUAAGCCUUUCACGACCAAGGAUCGCGAUCAUGAUUCAAAUAUCAAAUAUAAUUGUGCUAUAUUGUUCCAAGGGGCAUGGUGGUACAACAGGUGUCAUGCCUCUAACUUGAAUGGUGCUUAUUUAAACGGGAAAACAAACGUCUACGCCAAAGGUAUCAAUUGGAAUCAUUGGAAGGGAUAUCAUUACUCAGCAAAAAAAGUUGAAAUGAAGCUAAGACCGACCUAGGCACACCUCAUCAGCAUCGAUCAACUAACACUAUAUCUAAAUAUCCUUGUGAUA